AAUUAAAAAAAAAACAGAAAAUAAAACUAAUAAUUUCCUUUAGUAGAUACUCAUCAGUCAUAAGUUGUCUUUUUGCAUCGUGUCAGCCCACAUUUGUGGCUCUAAACAAGGUUUAUUUAGGUGGACUGAGGGUUAAAAAGGUAGCAGCCUCCUGGUCUAUCAUGUAAAAAAAAGUCCAGUGAACUUGUGGUAAAGUUCUAGCGGUAUGAAAACUUCUGCACAGUGCUGUAGAUCAGCUAAAGUUCAGCGUGCAAAUAAGAGUCUGUAUAUUUAUGUGAACAGACCUGCAGUCUGAGACAUCAGAGAGAUCUAUAAGGAGGCCGGGGUUGCCCUCAGAGAUGAGAGGAGCCUCAUCCUCUGACGGGAACUCAGAGAGGAGAGGAGGGGGGGGGCUGAAAGGGAUCCAAUCAGGGGGAAACUAGUUUUAUUCACUAAUAAAUAGAUAUUAAGGGAUGCAUAUGUUACAUCUAAGCUAUUGCAGGGUUCUAAAAUUUAUUUGAUUGAGACUUUCUCCUGUUUUAAAGAGAACAGAUAAAAUAGGACUGAGAUUCUGAGGAGGUUCAUUGCUGCAUCCAGGCAAACACCAGCUUUGUGUUACGUAAGAGUUCUGCUGCCUUUUGGUUCACAGGGAAGAUUGAAAAUGAGAUGAAGCACGAGUUAUGCUCCUGGACCUCUGACUCAUCCAGAACCUGCAGGAUCUGGGUCAGGAUCUGGAUCUGGAUCUGAAUCUGGAUCUGAGUCCUGGUCAGGAUCUAGAUCUGGAUCCGGGUCUGGAUCCAGGUCAGGAUUCAGGUCUGAGUCCUGGUCUGGCUCAGGAUCCGGCUCAGGACCCGGCUCAGAUCUGGGCCUGGUCUGGGUCUGGAUCAUGGUCUGGAUCAGGAUCCAGGUCUGGGUCUGGAUCCGGGUCUGUCCACACACGGCGCCCAGCUGUGAUCCAGCUUACAGGCUGCAGCUCCUUUUUACGUAACGCCUGGCCUGGAUCCUCCAUCUGUCUCCAUGGUGACACCUUCCCGGCUGCAUGUGGCUGUGCAGGAAUGCAGCAUGUGGGCCGGUAUACCGAGCAGCACCAAUGUGUGUCUGCAGUGCUGCACCAGAGCGCCGCAGCCUGGGAACAUGGAGGGGGAGCGAAACCCCUGCUUAUAAGUGACGCCUCAGUCCUCUGAGGUCUGCUCCUCUGAUGCUGAUCAGCUUUAGAACUAAUGAUGAUGCAUGGAAAUCUGCAGCCUAGCAGAACCCAAACCCCUGGGGUUAGGGGUGCAGACGGGUUGGAGGUGUCCCCAAAAAUGCGUCAAAGCGCAGGUUUUGUGAAGGCGCCCCUGUUUGCCGUCCUCCCUCAUCCCUCCAUCCCUGUUGUGUAACCUCUCUCUGCCUCUCCGCUGCCGCAGUGAAGGAAACCCCUCUCUCCGCUCCUGUGCGUCGCUCUGCCGCCUGUCCUUUUAAGGCAUGGGGGAUACCCGCCGUCACGGCCGGAAGCAGCCCAUGUUUGGGCAGCUACGAAGGCCGCGCGGCGGGGGGAAUCCCUCGCGCCGGCGCCGACCAAUGAGGGCCGGACUGGAGUUACCUUGGAGACGGAGAGUAUAAAAAGGCGAGCGGCGAGCGGAGAGAGCUCAGCAUCCUCAGCAUCUCCUCCUGGAAGCAGCUUUCAGCGCCGCUCACGGAUUAUAACGCCGGACUUUUCAGGGGGAUUCCCGCUUUCAUUAACAAAACCCGUCAAGAUGCUUCUGGAGCGCGACGACAGCUUCAUGUCCGAGUUUGAGGACGCCUGCAGCGCCUGGGUGGACAGCGUGGGCUCAAGCCCCAGCGAAGGCGUGGACUCUGACGUGGGAUCACCUUUCAGCCAAGUUUUCUCCCCGGGAACCGACGCCUCUGACUCGGACUUCUUCUCCGACUUCAGCGACUGCUCCUCGGACGCGCUCUCGCCGUCGCUCGGCUACACCGGCAGCUUCUUCGCCGAGCCGGAGCCGGCGGCGUCGGGGCUGAGCAGCACCGCGGACGCCAUCCUGAACAUGAUCACGGAGAUCGUGGGCAUCUGCACGGAGAUGGAGCAGCAGCAGCAGCAGCAGCAGCAGCCCGCCCCCGCCUUCAGCAUCCCUCCCCCGGCUGCGGCGCACCAGCUGCCCGCGGCCGCCGCUCCAGCACCGCUGCUGAUCAAAACUGAGUUCGGGACCUCCAGCUGCGCCAGCGGCUGCUCCCAGUCCUCCACAGCCGGGAACGACGCGCUGCCCCCGGCCGCUGCGGACUCUCUUCUCCCGCUGGUGGCGCUGGAGCAACAGGUGGAUGUGGCGGAAUUCCUCGAGUCUCUGUUGAGCUCCGAGGCCGGCCAGGGCGAGCUGAAGCCCGGCUGCGAAGUGAAGCAGGAGCCGCUGGAGCUGGAGGACUGGCUGAAGGGUUUGCCGGUACCGGGAACCUGCGGGGACUCCGGUAACUACGUCAUCGGCGGCGCCCCCUCCACCCUGGACGCGCACCUGCUGUCCUCCCUCCUGCAGGGCGCGUUCCCGAUGGUCAACAUCAGCGGCGUGCAGGCGGCCAGCGCGCCCAAGCAGCCGCGCGCCGGGCGCAGGGCGCAUGCGCGGGGCGGCGUGAAACCCAAGCCGUUCCCGUGCUCCGUGCAGGGCUGCGAGCGCCGCUUCUCGCGCUCCGACGAGCUCAACAGGCACGUGCGCAUCCACACCGGCCAGAAGCCCUUCCAGUGCACGAUCUGCGCGCGCAGCUUCAGCCGCAGCGACCACCUGACCACGCACACGCGCACGCACACCGGGGAGAAGCCCUUCUCCUGCGACGUGUGCGGCAAGAGGUUCGCGCGCAGCGACGAGAGGAAGAGGCACGGGCGCGUGCACGUGAAGCAGCAGCUGCGCGCUCAGAUGAUGGCCGCCUACUCUCUGGCCCUGAACGCGCCCGGCGUGUAAACAUUAAGACGCGUGCGCACGCGCGCGCUCCUGCUUGGCUGGAGUUUUUUUGAAAGCUUUUUUCCGGAUUUGAACCGACAACCGGACAGACGUGUGAAGUCACACCGGUGUGCAGGUGCUGAGAGGCGCAUGCGUGUUGCAGUGCCCCGAGGGGCCCCGGCGUGGCUCCUGGCCCCGCAGCUGAGCCGGCCUCUGAACUGUGACCCUGCCGCCUGUGACGCAGCAGCGGCGGCGGCGGCAGCGGCGGGCGGCCUGCCUGCCUGGAGGAGGUUUCUGCUGUAACAUAGAACAUCUUUCUGCAUGAAGCCGUGAAGACACUCUGUGAAUGUCGACGUCAGAAUGUGGUGCCUCUGUUGGUGAUCUUUUACUCCCGUAAACAGCUUUCUAUCUGUUUGCAACAUAUCUCUAUUUUUCUAGCCGGACUGUCUACCUCUCAGUGUCACUGUUUUACAACCAGAGUGUGUAUAUUUUACAAGAAGAGUCCAGAUGCUUUUGUUCUGGCGGGAUGACGAAACACGAUGUCACUUUUCUUUUUCUAUGAAACGACUGUAAAAAAAAAAACAAC